GUAAGCACAUCCCCCUGCGUAAACUCUUUCUUCUUCUCCUAUCUGUUGUUCUUCCCAGCACCGUUUGUUUUCUUCAUUCAUUUCGUUCCGCUUCGCGUUUCGUCUCUUCUUUGUUUUGUGUUUCUCUGCUGUUAUGUGUUUGCGGAGUCGGCGCGUGGCACUUCUUAAAGCAAAUUCUUUUCUUAGCAUUGUUGCCGAGCCGCUCAAUUUUUUUUUUUUGCGAGUUGUUGCCGCUGCUGCUCUUUGGUGUUUGCCUUUUCUUUCCUUCCUUCCGCAUUCAUUGCCCACCAUAAGGGACGGAGUUGUGUUUCGCAGUGGACGCUUCAAAAACGACACUUGGCUCAAUAUCUUCAAGAGUCUUGACGUGCAUCUCUUUACUUCUCUUUUCCCGUGGUGAUACUUCUCCUUGAAGAAGAGGAGGAGUGCUGCGAACUGUAUGCAGCUCGACUGCUGUUCUUCGUCACUCCUUUGCCGGCGUACGUCCUUCCCAACCGCAUCCUCCCCGUGCGCGCGAUAGCAGAGUUCGCGCACGUGCAGCACCAAUGCGAUCACCAAACGCUAGUUUCGCCUCGUUUGCGUUGGAAGCGGAGCCGCACGAGCGACGCCGCACGGAGUGUCACCAACGUUCUUAUGAGGCAAUUUCCAAUGAGCAGACAUCGACGGAGUCGUGGGACCUCCAUGCGUUACACGGAGGAGACCUGGAGAUGCGGACGAGCCCCGGCGUGAUGGUGACGGCCAACUCUACUGGCAUGUGGACGAGUGGAGGGCGAGCCCUUCUCCCAACCCCACCCGACCGCGGCGAGAACUCAGUAGACAAGCACGGCGACUCCCCCAUCAGCGCCGAACUCGCCCGCAAUCCGUACGACGUCUGCAACCGACCACGAUACCGCGCUCUGGUGCACGACGAUGCAGGGGAGCUGUCCUCGCCGGAUCUUUCGUCCACCACCUCAAGCCUUGCUCGACCGAAGCAGGGAGUCUUUCUGCAACAGCUGGGCCACACGAUUCUGCGUGUGCUGAUCCUGAUGAAGCGCGAGUGGUGCUCCACGGCGUGCGAGCUGCUCAUCCCGAUCAUCUUCGUCAUCGGCUCGGUGGCGCUGUGGGCCAUCUUUGGCACCUCGAAAGGCGCAGAGGGCAUCUACUUCUCCGACUCGACGCCUAGUUCUUUGCAGCGCCUUUUUGCCUAUGCGCCGACGGCCGUGUGCGCGAGCACGAAUGUGACGAACACCAUCGUCGGCGUGGCGAACUGCUCCGCUGCGGGGGCUGCGGCGAUGAAUUCAUCGAUUCACUGCCCCAGCGGCCGAGGCAUCCCUGAGGGACUAUGCUACUACUCCGCGUUGCUCCAAGCCGCUGCGGUUAUAGUGAACUCGACGCGCCAAUCUACGUCGGUGGUGCUCCCACUGGACACGCUGAUUGCGCUGCAGUGGGUCGCGAUGGACGAUUCUGUCUCCGUCUCUACCCCAUUUUUCUACGGCGGCAAGGUGUACUUCGCACCGGACACGGCAGACGUGCGGGCGCUGGUGGCGAAGAUGAACGCGAGCUCGGUGCUGUUCCCGAAUGUGUACGGCGGGAUCUACGCCACGGUGGACGCGGCGACGACGUAUGUGCAGAAGCUGUCGAGCAAGGACCCGCCGACGUGGGCCAUUGUCGCGGUGAACAGCUUCACUGCGGCAAAGUUCGACGUGACGAUCAUGGUGAACCAGUCGGCGCUGCCCAAGACGACGACGAAGCUGGUGUCGAUGUAUCUCGGCGGCCUCGAUACGAACACAAACACGCCGUACCUGUUCUCCGGCUACACCACUCUGCAGACGUUCGUGUACGACCACUACAUCACGACGGUGCUGGGCGGCACAGCCGCGAAGAGGCUCAGUUACACGGCGAUGCCGACGCCGGCGUACGAGACGUAUUCCUUCCUGACCUACGGCCCCCAGCUGGCGCCGCUGAUCCUGGUGCUGGGGUUUCUGUACCCUGUGUCGCAGCAGACAAAGCGAAUUGUGCUAGAGAAGGAGUUGCGCAUCCGCGAGGCGAUGCUGAUCAUGGGACUGUCGGAGACGACGAUGUACCUUGCGUGGAUGAUCGUGUACGGCGUGUGGUACUUGCUGUCCUCCGUGAUCAUUACGGUGCUUCUGCGCCUCACCUACCUGCCACACACCAGCGCUGGGUACAUAUUCUUCAUGUUUUUGUUCUUCUCGUGGUCGACCAUCACGCUGUCCGGCGCGAUUGCGGCCGUCUUCAGCAAGGCGCGUCUGGCCGCGCUGCUGGCGCCGCUGAUCUACUUCGUGAUGGCAAUCCCGCUCUUCGCCAUGCAGAGCGCGUCGGGUGCCGCGAAGACCGGCAUCAUGAUCCUGAGCCCGAGCGCGCUGUCGGUCGGCUUCGCCAUCGUUUUCGAUCACGAGGUAGCGGGCGGCACCGACGCGAAGGCGCUGACCUACUUCCGCGACGACCCAAAGCUAAUCCUGGUGUAUGUCUUCCUCGUGCUGGACAUCUUGCUGUACCUGUUGAUCAUGGCCUACUUCGACUGCGUCAUCCCGAAGGAGUGGGGCACGACGAAGAACCCGCUCUUCUUCGUCAUCGACCCGAUCAAGUGGUGCUGCCGCCGGAAUGGCGCGGACGACGACGACGACGACGCGGGCGACCUGCCGGACGGGCGUGCCGAGGAUGGCGUCUUUGAGGAGACGAACUCCGCCGAGGAGGCGCACGCCGCCGUGCAGAUCCGCGGGCUGCACAAAAAGUUCAAGCGCGGCGGCAAGACGUUUCUUGCGGUGAACAACUUAUAUUGGUCGCUGAAGGAGGGGCAGAUCUCCGUUCUGCUGGGCCACAACGGCGCAGGCAAGUCCACGACGAUGAAUUUGAUGACCGGUAUGCUGGAGCCGGACGGCGGCGACUGCUUCGUAUACGGGUGGUCAGUGCGGCAUGAGCUGAGCAAGGCGCGGCAGGAGAUCGGGCUGUGCCCGCAACACAACAUCCUGUGGCCGACGCUGACGGUACGGGAGCACCUGGACUACUACGCGGCCAUCAAGGGUCUGCGCGGUGAGGAAAAGGAGGACGCGAUCCAGCGCCUGCUGGCGGCUGUGGAUCUGAAGGACAAGGAAUUCUACACGUCGAAGGCACUCUCGGGCGGACAGAAGCGCAAACUGUCGGUGGGAGUCGCGUUUGUGGGCGGCAGCCGGCUUGUGUUCCUCGAUGAGCCAACGGCCGGCAUGGACGUCGGUGCGCGGCGGCACACAUGGGGCCUGCUGAAGGAGAUGGCGAAGUACCACACCAUCCUGCUGACGACCCACUUCAUGGACGAGGCAGACCUGCUGGGCGACACGGUGGCGAUCAUGAGCAACGGCCGCCUGCAGUGCGCAGGCUCAAAUGUGUUUCUGAAGUCGCAGCUCGGCGUCGGGUUCGUGCUGACCAUGUCGGUGGCACCACACACCCGCCGCAACGUGGUGGAUCGUUUGGUGCGGAGGUUCGUGGCGGACGCGGAGACGGUGGGGAGCGGCGCGGGCGAGUUUGCCUAUCGGCUGCCGAUGGCGUCGAAGUCGACGUUCCCAGACUUGCUGGCGGCGGUAGAAAACGGCAUCCCCCGCCUUGGCAUCAACGCGUACUCUCUGUCCGCGACGACGCUGGAGGAGGUGUUUCUCAAGAUCGCUGAAGGACACGCCGCGGACGAAAGUUCACAGGAAGAAGUCAUAGAAGAGGAGGAGAAGGCCGCCGCGACGAGCGCUGUGUGGAAUGUGGAGUUGGAGACGAAGUCGAUGGUGCGGUGGUGGCUGCAGUUCCGUGCGAUGAUGGUGAAGCGGUUUUGGAAUGCGCUGCGCGACCGCCGCACGCAGUUCUUCCAGAUCGUGUGCCCGGUGGCGUGCGUGCUGCUGGCGAUGCUGCUGACGCUUGUGAAGCUCUUUGAGUUUCCCGACAUGUCGCUGACGAGCAACGUGUACGGCGCGACGGUGGACGUGCCGCUGGCGAACUGCGUUGGUGUGCUGGACACGACGACGCCCUUCUCCUCGAAUGUGAAUCUGGACCUUUGGAGCGGCACCUACAACGGCGCGACGUUCUCUUCUAAGCUGCGCGAGACGUACGACGCGCACACGAACGAGCGCUACGGCGGCGUGGUGUGCGCCGCGACAGCCGCGGACAUGUACCACCGUGUCUUCUACAACACGACGGCGAACCACGAGCUGGCGAUUGAGACGGCGAAUGUGUUUGCUGGGUACGUGCGGCAACUGACGGGGUCGAGUGCGGUGGAGAUGCGCACCGUGGUCGCGGGGUUGCCGAAGUCGGCGCAAGAUGAGGCGGUACAGUCCUCUAUCUACGCCAUGAUGAUCGCGAUAAUCAUCAUGAUCCCUUUCACCUUCAUCCCGUCGACGUUUGUGGGGUGGAUCGUGAAGGAGCGCGAGUGCAAGGCGCGCCACCUGCAAAACGUGUCUGGGCUCAGCUUCUACGUAUACUGGUUCUCCAACUUCCUAUUCGACCUGUGCUGCUACAUCAUCACGAUACUUCUCGUGAUCGCGGUGUUCGGCAUCUUCCACCGCACGGAGUACAUCGGCGCGCAGAACAUCGGCGCAACGUUCAUUAUUUUUCUCAUGUACGGCGUCUCCGGCAUCUUGAUGGCCUACGCGGUGAGCUUUCUCUUUCACAACCACUCCACCGCGCAGAACGUCGUGAUGCUGGCGAACUUCAUCGUCGGCUUCUUGCUCGUGCUGGCCGUGUCCGCAUUAAUGAUGAUGACCAAGACGGAAAAGGUCGCCAAAGUGCUGCGAUGGAUCUUCCGCGUGGUGCCGUCCUACUGCGUCGGCGAGGGCAUCAGCAACCUCGCAUCGCUCAAGGUGAAGCGUGCGUACGGCCUUUCGGCAAGCGCGUGGGACAUGGACGUGGUGGGGUGGGUCUGCAUGUACAUGGCGCUGGAGAUCCCCUUCUUCCUGUUCGUGACGCUCUUCAUCGACCACCCUGGCCGGCGGCAGCGCAGCCAGCGGCUGCUCCACAACCCCGACGCGGCGCCGGAGGAGAUCUCCGACGAGGACGAGGACGUGAUCGCGGAGCGCCACGACAUCUUCGAAAACCCGGAGCGGGAGGCGGACCUGGUCCGCGUGGAGGCGCUGCGAAAGGUGUACUCGAACGGGAAGGCGGCGGUGCGCAACGUGACCUUCGGCGUGCGGCCCGGCGAGGUCUUCGGCUUUCUCGGCACGAACGGCGCGGGCAAGACGACGACGAUAUCCAUCUUGUGCCAGGAGUUCUACCCGACGGGCGGGCGGGCGUACAUUUGCGGCAACGACAUCGUAACGGACAGCGUGGAGGCGCUCCGGUGCAUCGGGUACUGCCCACAGUUUGACGCGUGCCUGGAUCUGCUGACGGUGGAGGAGCAUCUGUACCUGUACGCCGGCGUGCGUGGGAUCUCGUCUCGCACACGCGAUGUGGUGGUGGCCGGGCUGUUGAAGUUGUGCGGGCUGACGGAGUAUCGCAAGACGAAGUCGCAUGCAUUGAGCGGCGGCAACCGGCGCAAGCUGUCCGUUGCCGUGUCGCUGAUGGGCGGGCCGCGCGUCGUGUUCUUUGACGAGCCGUCGGCCGGCAUGGACCCGGUGGCGCGGCGCGGGCUGUGGAACGCGAUCGAGACGGUCGCGGACAACUGCUCCGUUGUGCUGACGACGCACCACCUGGAGGAGGUGGAGGCGCUGGCCCACCGCGUCGCCAUCAUGGUGGACGGCGCGUUGCGCUGCAUCGGUGACAAGACGCACCUGAAGCAGAAGUAUGGGACCGGGUUUGAGGUAACGGUUGUGGUGAAGGAGGAGGAGCCUGCUGUGAUGGCGGGGAUCAAGCAGUACUUUGCGGAGGCGUUCCCGACGAGUGAGCUGUCGGAGGUGCGGGCUGGCCGCUUCACCUUCGAGCUGCCAAACACGGUGAAACUGUCGAGCGUGUUCACGUCGCUGGAGGAGCGGAAGGACGCACUGCGGAUUCGGGACUACAACGUGUCGCAGACGUCGAUCGAGCAGGUCUUCAUGCGCAUCAGCGAGGAAGCGGAGCAGCGGCAGGAAGAGGAGCACCGACUGGAGAUGGAGAGGAGGGAGAAGUCGACGUGCUGUGGCGGCGGAUGUUGCGGUAGGGUUGAUUAG